AUGCCUCCUCUACAUGAUCAAAGAGCAAUCGAAGACAACAUUGCGAGAAUGUUGGAGGAGGUGAUGCCUGCAAUCCAAGAGGAAGUAACAACAAGGUUGCUCGCUACCAAGCUACUAUUCAAGGGUGGAACGAACAACACGUACGCAUACCACAAACUCAGAUUUGUAGCUCAUGACUCGUAUUUCAAGCAAAUCACCGAUGUUGUUGGCCGACAAAGUAUAUCGACUUUGCAGAAAUGCACAUCUACCCAUACGUCACUAGCUUACAUAACUACUUCAGAUAUGUUCGAUGAGUAUCUCCAUGUUAGCGAGCACACUGGACGAGAGUGCCUAGCUAAAUUCUGCCGGCCAGUCAUUGGAGCAUUCAAGGAUACGUACUUGAGAAAGCUAAUGACCGACGACACCCGGAGGUUGGUGAACAUGCAUGAGCAGGUCCACAUUUUUCCCGGGAUACUGGGUAGCAUCGACUAUGGAAUCUAUAUGCGAUGGCAUGUGUUCGUGAAGACUAUCACAUGUCCGACAACGCCGAAGAGGUCGUUGUUUCCCCAAAAGCAAGAGGCGGCUCGGAAAGAUGUAGAGCGUGCAUUCGGAGUCCUCCAAGCACGGUGGGGUAUAGUGAAAGGAGUGGCCUCUGGAUGGCAUCGUCCACUAAUCGUUGAUAUUAUGUAUGCAUGUAUCAUAAUGCAUAACAUGAUCGAUGACGACGAAGGAGACUAUGUCACGGCAUGGAGAGACGAUGCAAACUCCAGCACCGCGAGUUCGUUCGUUGUAAAUGACCCUACAGUGCAGGGUGUUCCUCUCGACAUGCGCAAUGUCAUGGCCUGUUCAGCUGAGAUGUGCAAAGAAGAAGCACAUACUCACCUCCAAGCGGAUCUAAUUGAAUAA